AUGUCGGUACCCCACUUCGCGCCAUUCCCAGACGCAAAAGUCAGAAAGAGCAUACUGCCCGACGAAUGGCAGUUGUACCUGGAUUCGUGGGCUUCGCUGUCUGAGCUCUACCUAAGAUUAGAGGACCAAAAGUUCUCGGAGGCGACCAAAGAGGAGAGCUCUCUCACGCAAUUUCUCCUGUCUUUCUUUCGUGAACUGGCCCUGGACGAUGAGCUAGCAUCUAAAGUUGCGUCAUUACGGAAGAAGACUUUCUUUUUAUUACACAGAAUCCUUUCCAAAGAAGACAUACCCAAUCCCUUGCUCAGCUGGUCCACCCUAUCUGACAUCUGCCACGCGUAUCCCAAGAGCGAGCAGUUCCGUACGCUCUUGCAAGGGUCAUGGAAGCGAAAGGGUGCGGCAAUCGAGAAGUCGUUGCAGACAGCGAAAACGUCCCUAAUCCGGAACUUGGAAUCAAAGCGACCGGAAGAGGCCGAAAAGACACUUGAUCGGAUCGCACCUCUUCUCAGAGCCUCGUCAGAUGCCAGCAUUUUCAUGCUGACAGGAUCCGACUUUCUCGACUCUCUCCUUUCCGCAUACCCACAAGUUCCACAAUCGAUGCAGAAGAAGCUAGUCACGACUGCAUACCUUGGUCUAACAGCCGCGCUCGAAGGUCCAAAACCGAAUUAUUCGCUGCUCUCUGAUCAUCUGUACAGCCUGAAGUCUAAUGAGGAGCAAGAUCAGAAGAAGGAGCCUGGUAAGAAGACGUUGGUUGCUGAUCUUGUCACCAACACACCGCUACUGGAAAAGAUAAGAGAAAAGGCUACUACUCCGGAAGCGUCUAGGGUGAAGAAUACUGCAGCAUCAUUGAGCGCAUUUCGGCAAUCUAGUCUAGCUCGACCAAAAAGAUUGAUUCGACGAAAGGUAGACAAAGGCAAAGCAGCAGCGGAUCAAGAUAGCUAUGACCACGGAGCAUUCACCGGCGAGAUACACGUUCAUCGGAUGAGUAUGAUUAGCCAGAUCCAGGAUCUCUUUCCAGACCUGGGUGCAGGCUUCAUUGUCAAGUGCUUGGAUGAGUACAACGACGACAUCGAGCAGGUUACCGCACAUCUUUUGGAAGAUUCUUUACCGCCACACCUAAUCGAGGCUGAUCGGAGCGAGAAACUACCUACACCAGCAACAUCGUCACAGCCAAUGCCACCACCUAGAUCAAGCCAGCACCUUCCAGAACGCCGCAACGUCUUUGACGACGACGAAUUCGACAGGCUUGCAGUUGACACAUCGCGGUUCCACAUUGGUCGCAGAGGUCAGGAUUCGACCGCCGAUAAGAUCUUGUCCGACCGCAGCAAAGCACCCGCCAAAUCAGCGAUCAUGGCAGCGCUGGCAGCCUUCGAUUCAGAUGACGACGAGCGGGAUGACACAUACGAUGCAGAGGAUGUUGGCGCCUCUGUCGACACUGCCGCGCACGGACCUGGCGAGGAUGCCGACUUGGGUGAUAAGAACGAAGAAGCCCUGUUCCGCGCUUACACCAUGACACCUGAGCUGUUCAGUCGUGAGUCGGAGACAAGGCGGGGUAAAGCUCGAACAGCCCUCAAGAGCGAGACUGGUAUGACCGACGAAGCGAUCGAAGGCUGGGCCAUCAUGAUGGGGCGCAAUCCUCGCGCACUGCGGCGGCUCGAAGCGAAGUUUUCCAAUUUCCAGGGUCAGCAGCGAGAGCUUCAAUCAACAGCAUGGCGGGACAGCCCUGCGGGAUCUGGCGACGAAGCGAGCGGUGAUGGGCAAGGAGGUCGCGGUGGAAGAGGCGGCGGCGGUGGUAGAGGAAGAGGUAGAGGGCGCGGACGUGGUGGCCCAGGUGGUGGAAGAGGUGGUGCCAGCGUCGCAGGUCCUGCUGACGACAAAGGUACGCAAAUAUCACGGCAGCGCAAGGAAGCCAACAAGGGUUCAAGUGCGAACCAUAAUCGGAAGGCUCAACGAGGAAAGAAGAUGGCCCGAGCAGGUUUCCCAGCAAGCUGA